AUGCUUUUUGAACAAUUGGUCGACGACUAUCGUCGUAUGAUAAGUAAUAAUGUACUUGAACUAUAUAAAAGGAGACGAGCGCUUAAAAAUGUACAAGAUGACAAUAAAGAAAAUAUCACACCAAUUGUAAAAUCAGAAGAUAAGAAAGACAGCGCUGUUGAAGAUCCAGAAGCCGAUUCUUUAUCAUGGGGCUGGUUAAGUGCAAGAAUGGCGGAAAUUUAUGUUUAUUGUCCACAAGGACAAAACGAGCUUCUUUCCUUGAGCGAAUUAGAAUCAAAAUGGAAAAUUAUAAGCGCCGAUGAAAGGAUGGGUAUAGCGAAAAACUUUUGUCUAAUGGACUCAUUAUGCUUUCCAAAUAACACUGAAAAAGAAAACCGUCAAGUUAGAUUCAAUCGCUCUGGAUUGUCGAGGAAAAAUUCUCAAUUGAUUCUUCAAACAGAGAAUCUGAUUAUUGUGCUUACUUCAGCCGAUGAAAGUUUUAUUGAAAAAGAAUUCCAUAGUUCAAUAUUGGAACUCUCAUUAACCGAUUUUUAUAAAGGGAGAGUUUAUAACUUUUGGACAAGAAUCAUACAUAUCGAAAAAGAGGAACCGGCGAGCUAUCCUGGAUUUUACAAGCAAAUAUGCAUUAAUCUUCGCGAUAUGUCAAGUUCUAUGACAGCAACUCUUAUUUUAUUUGAUCUGCAGAUAAAUAUGAUCGAUUUAUUCAAAAUGGGAGAUUUUCUCGGACUUCAUAUGCCAUAUAUUGAAGAAAAAAGCCCUGGAGAAUUUAUUUUCAUGUAUACGGAUUGCACUACAUUAUUCUGUUUACCAAUGAACGAAUUGAUUAAGGAUCCAAACGUCAAAAAGUUCAAUAUACCAAAAAGCAAAUUAAACCUUCAAGAUGAAUCGUAUAUGAUUGAUUACAGAUUUCAUAGUGAGCGUUUUUACAUUAACAAUAUGCCAUCACAAGGUAUAAAUAUCACGCUUUUUGGAAGAAUAGAUGACAUCUCAGAAAAUUGUCCGCAAGAAUUUGAUGGGAAAUUAAUCGAUAUGUACCUGAUAAAACUUAGUGAUAGGACCGGAUUUACGUACGUGACACUUUGGGAAAAGAUUGGACGUACCGCUUCUAAUUAUAACGUCGGUCAAUAUAUUGUACUAGAGGGAUUAAGAACCUUUAAAAGCAUGGACGGUUUAAUUGAAGUUGUUGGAGAUGAAUCAUAUGGCACAUCGAUUUACAAUGUUAGCAUGGCAACAGGGUGGUUGGCAACAAAUACCUUAAGACGACAUUUGCAUGUCCCAUUAAAGAAUAUCAUUCAAAUGUCUAACAAUGAAUUAUACGUGGACCAUUUUAUCACUCACGUUUCAAUCGCAGGAUGGGACAUUAGAGAUGAAUCAAAGGGAAUAAUAUGGAAUUUGCAAGACAAUACUGGUGAAAUUCGAGCCGAAGCAGUUGGUUCUGUUUCAGAGGAACUUCUUCGAUCAAUCGGUUAUCGUCCAAUGCUAUCAUCAGAAUCACUAAUUCGUUCUACGCUCAAAAAAUCUCCAAGUACAAUUUUAGAGGGUAAAUGGUUGUGGUGUUGUCUAUCAUUUUUGCCAUUUGAAAAGUAUCAGAUUAAUGCUGUAGUAAUUCAUAAUUGA